AAGAAGAAAGGCUGGGAGAGCGCGAGCACCAGCAGUCUGUUUGUAAGAAAUUAUUUUGUCCGUCAUACAACCUCAUACAGUUUGCCUUUCUACCCAAAACAGCAUCCAGAGAUGAGCUCUCAGUUCAGGAGCUCCACAAGUCCACAUGGAGCCGUCCAGUCCCCAGUAACUCAGCUGCGGUUGGUACUGCUGGGCAGAACAGGUUCUGGUAAAAGUGCCACAGGUAACACCAUCUUGGGUAGAAAAUGUUUUCCGUCUAAACUGAGCAUGGACUCAGUGACAAAGAAAUGCCAGAAGGAAUGUGGAGUAGUUCAGGGGCGGAGCCUAGCACUGAUUGACACUCCUGGUUGGUUCGACACCUCUCUCCAGCAAAGUGAGAUAACAGAGGAAGUGUUAAGAUGUCUGGUCAUGUCCUCACCUGGACCACAUGCAUUUCUGCUCAUCAUACCAAUCGCUCGUUUUACAGAGGAGCAGCAGCAGACUGUAGAGAUGAUUAGAACAGUUUUUGAGGAGAACAUCAGUAAUCACACGAUCAUCAUAUUCACCCAUGCAGACGAGCUGGAAGGACAGACAAUUGAGCAGUUUAUAUCAGAACAGGGCCAGAAAAUCCAGGAUAUUAUUGCACGGUUCGGUGGGCGUUAUUUGGCUUUUAACAACAAAAAUCCAGAAAACCAGGACCAGGUGAAAGAGCUCCUGGAGAAGGUGGUUGGGUUGCUGGAACAAAACGAGAACCAUCACUUCACCAACCAGGAAACGGAGACUGUAGUAAAGGCACUAGCGAUGUUGGAACAGAAAAGGCAAGAAAAAAUAGCUGAAUCAAUUAGGAAGGCCAAACAGGAAGUAAGGAAGAUUGCUGAACGUCGAAAGGCUGACAUCAGUAAAGGCCUGGAUGAGGAGAUGCAAGAGAUAGAAAGAUGCAGGAAGUACAGCCAAGGCAGAAUCGAUCAAUUAAUAAUUGACAUAAAAAAGGAAACUGAAAACAAGCAUGCAGAUUCAUGCAGGUUGCAGCGUCUGAACAGAUACCUGCAGAGAGAAAAUGAAACGCUAAAAAAUCUGGAGAAAGAGAAGCAGAUGAGGAAAGAGGACAGUAAAGAAGAGGAGCAAGAACUUGAAAAAUGGAUCAAGGAAGAGCAGCAGAGAAUAGAGAAAGAGGAGGAGCAAGAGUAUUUAAAAGAGGAUGAAAGCAAAUGGUAUAACAAUGAAAUAUAUUUCAGCAUUCUGAAGUUCGUUAUGGUUUUUUUGGGAGGAACUGGAAUUGGACUAGUGUUGGGACCUCUACUUUUUGUAACUGCACCCGUAGGACUUGCAGCAGAGUUAGCUGCACUGCUUGGACCAGAGCUUGCAGCCAUUGUGAUGGCAGCAGCUACAAAUGCAGGUCCUUUCAUAGCAGCAGCAGCAAAAGCAGCCCUUUGUUCCAUUCAAUAAUACAGCAGCUAAAACAUAAAUCAGUUUUAUCAUGCAAGUUUUGAAAAAUGUAAAAUUUUAUGUAUUAUAGAAUAAUCUGUAGCCCACAGGUUUAAAACAAAAAACCUCAAAAAAGGAAAAAAAAACUCACCUCUGUUUUUCUAAUAAAGGGGAAAAUAGACUAAUAAAGUCAAGGGCUUAAAGGUAGAUACUGAAAAAAAUAUCCUAACGAUCGGUAAUUCUUUAGCAAAUUGAGCAAGUGGGCUUUUCAACAUUCCUGAAUUUGGGCGAUCUUGAGAUUGUAAAAAAAUCAUAGGGAGAUCAUCAGGAAGUUUGUGAAUGUUCAGAACGACCAGAGCUCAUGGUCAUUCAAAUGGGAAUAAAUACAAUGGUCACCCUUGAUCACGCUCCCUAGUUGGACUACAGAGGUUCCUAGAUGGACAGAUGGAAGGACUGUGGUAGAGUUUGUAGUGCCACCUUCUGUUACAGUGCUGAAUCAAUCUCUUUUUUUCCCUCUUUCUCCUGAUUUCAUGUGCACAGUUUUCGUUGCAUUUGGCAUAUAGAGUGAUAUUUCUGGAAGAGAAAUAAUGUUACAACAAUAAGGAGACACACAAGCAAUUUGUGUACAUUUAAACUACAGUCUUUAUAUUUCUUUAUGUGUCUCAUGGUCUUCAACAAUAUUUGUAUUGGUAAAGGUUUUUUUUCCAUAUAUUUUUUUCUUGUGUAAAUUUAUUAAUCUCAUAUCCGAUGCUUAUAAAGCAUACAAGAAGGAAUUGUAUAAGUCAUAAUCUGUUUAUAUUGGCACACACUAAUCACAGUCAGUGUACCACUUGUAUACUUUGUCAUCUAGUACAAUGCUGCUCUGUCUUUAUGCUUUUCUUUAAUGUAGUAAUCAUACAAAUAUUCAUUUAACUAUUUACAGAAAAAGCAAUACAAUGACUAAAACUAAAAUUCUAAAUGCUUAUAUGUUUAUAUUCUACUAGUAGGUAAACAUUCUAGUAAUCAGACACAUAAGUGUGUUUCCAUCGAACACAGUGUGCGGUUUAUUAUUAUUAUAUAUUAUUAUUGAAAUAUUAUACCUAUAUUACAGUAUAUGUACCUUUGAAAAUAAAAUACAUUUUUCAU